AUGGCUUCCCGCAUGCCCCUGCGUCGCCUGGCCGGCCGAGUGUCGCGUCCUGGUGCUCCCUCCUUUUCCGCCGGUGCGGCCCCUCGAUUCGCCCUUCAGCGGCGCGCAUACUCUGCUGAGGCUCCCAAGAGCACUAGUAGUGGUAUCAAGUUCUGGCCCUUCUUUGCCAUCAUUGGUCUUGGUUCCCUCGGGUACAUUGGUCUCGUGAACCGUCGCAAGGAUGCACCCCCCGAGCAGCAGCAGCAGCAGCAGCAGCAGGAGCUGUCCCCUCCUACUAAGUCGACGCCCACCUUCUCCCCCGAAAAGGUGACGGUCUUGUUCGUCUUGGGCGGCCCCGGAGCCGGCAAGGGCACGCAGUGCGCCAAGCUGGUCAAGGAUUACGGCUUCACCCACCUGUCGGCCGGCGACCUCCUGCGCGCCGAGCAGGAGCGCCCCGGGUCCCAGUUCGGCGACCUGAUCCGCGAUUAUAUCAAGAACGGGCUGAUCGUACCGAUGGAGGUGACGGUUCAGCUGCUGGAGAACGCCAUGGCCGACGCUCUGCGCGAGUCGGGCUCGGCGGACGGCAAGGGCCGCUUCCUGGUCGACGGCUUCCCGCGCAAGCUGGACCAGGCUCACAAGUUCGAGGAGGCCGUCUGCCCGGCCAAGAUGGUUCUCUUCUACGACUGCCCCGAGGACGUCAUGGAGAGCCGGCUGCUAGAGCGCGGCAAGACGUCGGGCCGCAGCGACGACAAUGCCGAGUCCAUCCGCAAGCGCUUCCGCACCUUUGUCGAGACCAGCAUGCCCGUCGUCGACUACUACUCCAAGCAGGACAAGGUCAUCAAGGUCGAUGCCACUGCCACCCCGGACAAUGUCUACAGCGCCACGCAAAAGGCCCUCACCGACCGUCUCGGUCCCAGCAUUUGA